GACACAAUGACGUAUUAAGUGCGCGCUCAAGUAGCACUGGUAAACAAAUGUUCUUCUGAGUGAGUAUAAGUGAACAGUCGAGUUCACAAUAUAAACAACCCCUUUAUUGUGAUGAUUACUAGUAAGUGAAUGUUUUUGAACACAGAUUGUCAUCUCUUAGUAUCAGUUGUCGGCUGGUAGAACUUCUCGUGUUCUCGACGUUACGGCAGUGUCGUCGCUCGCUUGGCGCUAGCAGCAGGUCAAUUGACACCUUUGCGUGUUUUGGGGCAUGCGUAUUGGACAUCCACGCUUUGAGGCGCUGCAAGGUUGGCUUCUGACGGUGCUGCUGAGCGUGUUUAUGUUCCAGCUGCUGAGGAGCGUGGGACCCAGGGCUUUCUCCAUGGCUUCCGAGACGUAUGCAUCGGGCGCGCACUCGGCCGCUUUCGUCACCUGCCCCAACGACACGGUGGCCAAAGACUUGGCCAGGGGCAUCGUGCAGCAGAAGCUGGCCGCCUGCGUCAACAUUGUUCCAGCCGUCACAUCCGUGUACGAAUGGCAAGGGGCCAUCCAGGAGGACAGCGAGGUUCUGCUGAUGAUCAAGACCAGAAGCUCCAAGGUCCUCGCUCUCACCGACUACGUGCGUCAGAACCACCCGUACGAGGUGGCCGAAGUCAUCAGCCUGCCCAUCCACCAAGGCAACCCGCCCUACCUCAAGUGGAUCGCCGACGUCGUGCCCGAAUGAGGACGCGGUACUCGCGGGCAGGUGACUAGUAUGCUAAUAACUCCCUCCCAAAAAAAAGAAAAUGGCUGUUGUCGAGUUUGUAUUGUGGUCUCUAGGAGGCGUUAUCGCUCCUUCAUUUCAAUUGAUUUCACAGAGCCAUCAAACUGCAAUCGUGAUUUUAUUUUGUACAAACAAAUAUGGGAGCGUAAAAUGGCGGCUAUCCUAUGAAAACAGUCAUAACAAACACAAAAGCAUACAAUAAUUGCUACAACAAUGACUAUAUAAAGCAGUCAAACUGACCUGUUUUCAAAUCGAGAUUUUUUUUUAUAUAAUGUAAAAAAAAAAAAAAUGCCAGCGUCCAAUAAAUACACAAUAGGAUUUCACUGCAAUCUCCACAAUGUCGCGAUUAGUUGCACCACAAAAAAAAAAGAAUACAAUAAAGCUGAAUUCAUAUUA